ACAUAAGGACGUGCACGACAGCCAGCUGUUGGCGGAUAUCCAUGGUGAUAUCUCUUCGGAGGAAGGCGUGUCAUCUCUCCCAAUUACUAAGCGCCCCUUUGUCCUCUGUCUAUGCCCAGCCAGCCAGCGAUACUCAUGGCGGCUGCACCAGUCAAACAGCGCUCGGGAACGAGGGCUCAGCUCCCUCCCUGCUACUACGAAGGAUACCUGGAAAAACGGGGACCGAAAGAAAAGAUCUCUCGGCGGCUGUGGACCUGUCUGUGUGGGAACACCCUCUUCUUCUUUAAUAAUGCCAAGGACACUCACUAUGUGGAGAAGAUGGAUCUCAGUGGCUUUGUCUCACUCAAAGACGACUGCAGCCGAGACAGAAACCUGGAGGCAGCUAGACUCAUACUGCGCAUGAAGGAUGGCGAGACAAAACUCACAGUUGCCAAUCUAGAGGCUCGAGAGCUAUGGAAGGGCUUCCUCCAAUCUGUCGUAGAUCUGAGUGUGCCUAGCUGUCUGACGUUGCUGCCGGGGCAGGUACAGAUGCUGAGAGAGGUGGUGGACCGAGAAAGGAACAGACGCAGAGCAGCACGCACCCCCACCCGCGCUCCCCCCUCACCCCUAUCAGUACCUCUACUAGGGGAGAUACCAUCGUGUUUCCGGCCUGUGUCGAGGACUGAGGCAGAAGUUCUGUUAGAGAGACAUCCAGACUGUGGCAACAUGCUGCUGAGGCCCGGCAGAGACGGAUCUUCGUUGGCUGUCACCACCCGCCAGGAUCUCAACGGGUCAGUGUUCAGACACUAUCGUGUGACUCAGAGAGAGCAGGGAGGAUAUGUGAUAGACGUUGAGAACCCAAUUCCCUGUGCUACGCUUCAUGAUGUCAUCGAUGCGCUGGUGGAGAAGACAGCAGGAACCCUUCAGCCUUUUCUUCUGGAGGAACCUUAUGAGGAGAACAUCACGUUUGUUUCGUCCAAUGAAGAGAAUGGAGAGAGAAUAUUACACUGUGCCCCUUCCAGCCCACUACCCAAAGCCCCCGCCCUACCUCCCAAACAAGAGCGAUGGAAACCCCUACCCAGGUCUCCCGCUCCCGACCGCCGUAUUCUGUCAGCUGUGACAUCACCAGUACCGUCAUCACCCAGCAGCCCAAUGAGACGGCUUGUUCUCUCCCCCUCCCCCCUCCUCGCACAAAGCCUCACAGAGGAGCUCAAAAUGAAACUGGAGAAGAGACGGACCAGUCAGGAUUGACUUCCUGUAAUUUCUCAGCCAACUAGCGGUCAAAACUCUUCCACCACCAGCAGCAGCAGCUUUCUUCUCUUCCUGUGCCUUCUGAUUGGUGGACUACAGAAUAGGUGGUCCUCAUGGAUCACAGUCCUACAGUACCUUUCAAAGUGUUUCCCACCAUGUUUGGGUAACGCAUCUUAUCCACCUGAGUUGUGUUCAGCAGCCUAAAAUUGCAGCCUCAAAACAGUUUUCAAGAAGGGAUUAACCAGUGGGGUUGAGCAUUUAAAUGAGCACACAAAUACAAAGGACCAAUGACUGAGCCUGUUACUCCAUUGUUCCGAUUGAGCCAACGUGUCUGUUGUCCUGCUGCUGAUGUAACUGACGCCACACUGGAGACUAGAAAGAGUGACACCAAAAGCUUGAGAAACCAGACUAGAGAGAGAGACUAGAGCGGUAGUCACCAAUCCUGGUCCCGGAGUGCUACUGGGUGUGUGUUGCAGGCUUUUGUUCAAACCCAACACUAACACCUGGAUCAACGAAUUAAAGUCUUGAUAAAUGAAAUCAUGUGUGUUAUUGCUGGGCUGGAACAAAAGCAUGCACACCUUGAACCUGUACAUCACUGCAGACCUUCCAGGUCCUGGGUUAAUGACUACUGGAUUAGAGAUAAAUAUGUCUAGUUGUUUUUGUGCAUCUAGAAUGCCAAUGCUCUAAUCUAUUGUAUUAUGUUGGUGCAAUGAUGGUAUGGUGCUCCACUUGACUAAACCUUCUCUACUGUGUGUGUCGUUGCUACAACUCACGUAAAACCUUAUUUUCUAGUGUGUGUGUGUGUGUGUGUGUGUGUGUGUGUGCGCGUGCGCGCGCGCUAGGCCUAGGCUAUUGUUAGCCGACUAUACUCAACUAAACUCCAUGAUUCACGACGGAGUUGAGCGGCAACUAGUGUAGGCGGACUGGAGCUCCGACAUCACGAAAAUGUAGUUUUUUAAAUCAAAAACAAUUGAUUUUAGCACCCAAGGAAUAGCCGCAAUUACACAGAACAAUGUUGUGUGUAAUUGCGGGCUAUUCUUUGGGUGCUGAAAUCAGUAGAUCUGGAUAAAAACAUAAUUUUAUGUGAUGUCGGAGCUCCAGUCCGCCUAAACUAGUCACCACUCAACUCCAUUUUAAAUCAUGGAGUUGAGUUUAAUCGGCUAGGCUACUGUGUGAUGCUAUGACCUACUGGUGCUAGGACACUUUUUACUCCUCAAAGGUUCUUUGUCCUGUUGCAACAAAUAACAAAGUAUGAAAGUAUUUUAAUUUAGGCUUACUGUACACCAUUGAUUGCAUUUGCUCCUCUUGUUCUUUGGUGUUGUGGGCUGGUACACAAGCACAAUCCAGUGGAACUCAAACCCUGUGAUCAUUGGCUGAUUUGUUCAAAGGGAGUGCAUCCUCUAUUGGACUCUCAGAACUACACUGUACAUUGUCUUGUACAAUACUCUCUAUGUCCUGGGUGUUGGUCAGUGUUGUUUAAGAAAAACAUCAGUGGUAUUUAUAAGAUGUCCUAUUCAAGGAUAUUAAAUAAAUGGUUUGCAUGAAACAAGAAUA